GUCUAAAUGGACCCAAUUGGCCCAUCAAAUUUUGUUUAAUGGGCUUUUAUCUAUUGCAAUUUAGGAUAACGGUUUUGGGCUUAAUUUAGAAUUCCACAUUAAAAAAUUAAAUUUUUGAUGAUUUUUUUAAUAAUAAAGUAAAAAAUAAUAAUAUUGAUAAAAAUCGCGUUGCAUUUACGCUGUUUAUUAUUAGCCGAUAUAAUGUAUAAACAGCUUAUCAUAAACCACCUUCCAAUGGGCAGCCAGCCGCCGCCGCCGCCGCCGCCCGCAAACGCCGAGGAUUACUCCGCCGCGGCAACCCUGAUCCCGUUUCCCCGUCGAAUUCCUCUUCUACGUGGCCCAAUAAAAGCCACCCAAUCAGACGACCCGUCUUCCGGUCCGUACAUCCUCGCAUUCAAAAACCCACGCGCCUGGGCCACCGCGUACGAGAGCAGUAAAGCCCUAAUCACUUCGCAGUGCGAAGCGGGUUCCCGAAUCGGGUGCUCCAUUUCCGCUUCGAGCAAAUGCAAACCCCCAUGGUGGAAAAUUCUGCUGGGCAUAUCUCCCAAACAGGACUACGGCGAAAGAGAGAAGUGCGAGGAGAUUGAGAUGAGAGCUUGCUUCGCCGCUGCUAAAGAGAAGUGCGGCGUCUUCGCUAAUCAGAGGUGCGCCCCGGCGUUUGAGAAUGCGAGGAUCGAAGUUAGCGGUUUGGGUUUGAAAUUAGCAGAUAGGAAAAAUGUUUUCAAAUUGAUUUCUGGGGUGUGUUUUGUGAAUAUAAAGAGCUAUGGGGUUGGAAUUUGGGGAAUCGACAAAUCAUGGGGCGAAUUUAGAAAUAAUUACGAGGUUACUAAUAUCAGAGGCAGGGAUUUAUUGGGUCUCGAUGAUGCAAAUUCCAUUGAGGAAUAUUUGAGAAAAAACAGUUAAAAACUUGUAUAUGUGGAUUGUAGUAUCUUCGAAAUUUAUCGGUUUCGGGAGCUGGUACAGAGGAAGGAGUGAAACGUUUACGAUUUUCGUAGAGCAUUUCGCAAUGGCGGGGUUCGUGUUUGCAACUCACAAUGUGAGCUUCUUAUCUCUUUAUUCCAUGAUUUAAGUUUUGUUCACGACUGUUGUUUCUUUUUUACGAUAAUUGCUUCUGAACUGUCGAGGUUUACUCCGCUACGAAUGAUUUAUUAUCUUAAUCUAUUGUAUGUUUUCGCUUGAC